GUUAUAAAAAUACUCUACAAUUUUUUUUCUUUUUUUUUCCAUUUUAUAGCAGGAACAAAAAAUGGCGGAGAGAAUCUAGAGGGUGUUUAAGACACCCAAUUUUCUCAAAAAUCCAAAAUCAAAAGCAUAAAUGAGAGAGAGGAGAGAAUAGAAAUGAAGGAUGAGAGAGAGAGAGAAAGAGAGAGAGAGAGAGUGGGUGUUGACAACUUUUAUGUCUCUUCCCAUGUAAGUUUCGUUUGUUUCUGUGUAUUUUCUUAUCUGGGAUUUCUUUUUCUCUCUCUCUCUCUCUCUCUCAAUAUCUUCCUUGAGAGAAUGGCCCAGCAGAUCCAAAAUCUCCAUUUUAUCUGCUUUUCAUGGCCUUUCCGAAAUGCCCACUUUGAUGUUUGAGCUCCUUUUGUUGUUUUUUAUUCCGAUUCCCUGAUUCAUGGGUAAUUUUUUUUUUUUUCCCCUCCCUUUUCCUUCGUCUUUUGUUGGUACUCUAUCAUCUAUGGCAGUUAGAGUUGUGAAAAUGAGUUACUCUUUUUGAUGGGUUUUUGAGGAGGUAGCUGGGGAUUGUUUAUUCAAGUUUGAGCAGAGCUUGUGUUACGUUAUAUAUGGAAAUGCUGGAAAUGGGCGCAAACAUGCAGUGUAAUAGCCAUUUCCCAGGAUGUUACUCUACAAGGAAUCAUAGAAUGGAUACUAAUGGAAGCACAUGGCCACUAAUUUGUGAUGAUAAAACAAUGAAGAGUGAAUACUACUACAGUGGCUUCAUGUUACCAUUAUCUCCCAGUCAACUUUUGGGGUACAAUAAGGAAAUACUGAAGCAGACAAUGCUCAAGCAGGAGACCAUAUUUAAGGAUCAGAUUCAGGAGCUCCAUCGCCUUUACGGAAGACAAAAGGAACUAAUGGAUGAAAUAAGAAGGGAUGAAUUACAUAAACAUGAUCUAAGAUUUGAGGUGGCAUGUUCGAAGAUUGCAUUGUCUCAAAGCUCAUCCCAAAAGUCAAUUCAAGCCCCUAGCUUGCCUUUGGUAAACCUUUCACACGCUCAAAUGUCUGUUUCAGGUCUUGGACACACUCAAUCACCUUUAAGUGUAGUUCAAGGGAAGAACAUACAAGCAUGUCCUUAUCCUGCUAGAUCUGAAGGUUGUUCCAAGGAUGUGCAAGUACUCGAGUCCAAAUGCAAGAAAGUGGGGAAAAAAAUAUUGGAUCUUCAGCUUUCAGCUGAUGAAUACAUUGAUAUUGAAGAAUGUGAUCUGUUAGACAAUGAAAUGAUUGCUGAAGUUCCUGAGGUAACAAGUUAUCCUUUGAGGAGAUUACCACAGGAUGUGUGUAACAGUGAUGGAAAACCAGUUUUGGAGGGUAAUGGAUUAAACUGUGUUUUUUAUGGUGAUGCUCCAAGCUUUCAUCAGAGUAACCACAAGUCAUGUGCUGGGAGAACAUUAUAUGGAUUGGAGAACUCCAAAACAAAUUUUGGGUCCCACAAUGAUAGACAUUCUGGACAUAGUGGUGCUUUUUAUGCAUGCAAUUCGAAUGAGCAUGUCCUUGAGACAGAAAUGACCUGCAGGUCAUCAUCCCUCGUAACUAUGAGAAAAUUACGUGACUUUGAGAGGCAUCCAAUAGCUGUUCAAGCCCUCCCGUGUUUUAACACAUCUGUACCAUUGAGUAAAAAAAUUAAGUCAUCAGCGGAAAGGCCGGAGCUGGAUGGGAACAUGUUGUAUAAUCAAAAGAAUUCAGAAUGUAGUCUAAAAUCUGAUAGUGAAAUCUACCUUAAUGGCAGCUUUAGCAAUGUCUCCCAGAUGGAUUCCAAGGUGUCAAAGGCUAAUCCAAAAUCACUUGAUUUUGUUACUCACGUCAGGAAUGAUGACAGUGAUUCAGUGUCUGACAACCAUGGCCGUACAAAGUUACAGAAGGAUUCUGUGAAGGUCAAGACUUCUAGUGAUAUAAACUUGAAUAUCAUGCCACCUAGCUGUUCUUCAGAUGUUUCAGUUUCUCAAAGCAUUCAGAAAACACAUGGAGUGCAAAGGCAUGAAGACCCAAUGAGGGGUUUCCCUUGGCUUAGAGCAAAGCCGGCUUUUAAUGGUGAAGCCGGUAAAGGAUGUGAAGAUCAAACCCUGGUAGAAUCUGUCACUGUCCAAGCUUAUUCUGCAUGCAUCAAUGAUCUUGAGCAAAAGAAGGGGGAAGCAAGUGAUCUUUCGUGUAAAGGGAAGCCUAGUGUUUUCUGUGACCACUCUUCAUCUAGUGGCUUCCCCUGCAAAACCAUUCAGAAGCCAUUUGAAGAUGUAAAGAGCAAAGAGAAAGAUGCUGUACUUGAUUUGAACAUGGCUUUUGAUUCGUUUUCUGAAUCAGAAAUAGAACUAGGUGCAGAUGAACAUGCCACAGAGAACAAACUGAAUGGAAAAUAUUUGUGUUUCACAGAUCACAUUGAUCUGAACUCAUCAAUUAAUGAUAAUGAGUUUUCUCCCUGUCGAAUGACAGAAAUUGAUUUGGAGGCACCUGUGAGUCCAGAGAACAAAGAGUGCUCUCCACCAAGAGGAGAAUCUGAUGAAAAUCAAUUGGAGACACCAUUUAUAUCUUCAGGACAGGAAGACGGGGAUCUGCAGGAUGAGCUGGCCAGAGUUGCAGCAGAGUCUAUAAUUUCCAUUUCAUCAUGUGGGCUAAAAAGUUGUCUAGGAAAAUCCCCUAGCAAACAAUUUGAAUCUUCAAAUAAUUCCCUAGAUUGGUUUGCUGGGAUAGUUUCUUUGCUGGUAGGUGAUCCAGAGGAUGAGCUUGCAGUUGCUUUGGACAGUAAGGAAGAUAUUCAUAAUGAGAAGCUUCUACCUGAAGAAAUGGACUAUUUUGAGGCCAUGACAUUGAAGCUGACAGAGACAAAGGUGGAAGAGUACUGCUUUAGAAGUAAUAUGCCAAGAGAGGAAGAAACUGCUACGUCUUCACCACUAAGUCAACCAAGGAAAGGCCGGACAAGAAGAGCAAGGCAGCGAAAAGACUUCCAGAAAGAGAUUCUCCCAAGCCUUGCCUCUUUAUCAAGGUAUGAGGUGACUGAGGAUCUCCAGACAAUAGGAGGGCUGAUGGAAGCUGCAGGUACUCGUUGGGAAACAGGGCCACUUAGAUAUGGAGUUAGAAAUGGAUAUAUGAGGGGGAGGAAGCGAUCCUGUGUUUCUACUUCCAGCGGAAUUGAUAGUACCGCAGGCUCACUGCAGAAGCAGCUCGGUAGUAACCCUAAACCGGGCAAUGAGGAGAGAAGCAUAAUAUGUUGGGGGAAGGUAACGCGGCGGCGUAGAGGUCAGAGAUACCGGGUUUGUAAUCCGAAGCCUGUACAAAGUCGAGUUUAAUUAGUAGAAGUAAUUAUUAAUGAAAUCUGCUUUUUAUGUUUUUGUGGUUUUCUUGGUUGGGAAACUUGUGGGUCAUUGGGUUGUCUUGUACAUUUCAAAACUUCCAUAUAUGUAUAUUUAGGUGACGGAUUGAGAAAAAGUAACAAUGCCCAUGACAAUGAUACAGGUUAGCUGGUUCAAAUCCCCCAUUCUUGCGUAAUGAAAGUUUUUAUAGCUUUGCUUACA